CGACAGUGACGUCACAUGCGGAAGCGUCAACAUGGAGGACAGCAGAGAAUCUUCCACGACUUCACUCUUGAAAGAUGAAUGCUUCGUGGAUUUUCUGGCUGAGGACUUUGACGUGAAGACGUAUACCGCUCAGGCCAUCCACCAGGCUGUGAUCGCGGAGCAGCUGGCCGGGCUGGCUCAGGGCAUCAGCCAGCUGGACAAAGAGCUGCACAGCCAGGUUGUGGCGAGACACGAGGAUUUACUGGCUCAGGCCACAGGGAUCGAGUCUCUGGAAGGUGUUCUUCAGAUGAUGCAGACGAGGAUCAGCGCGCUGCAGGCAGCUGUUGACAGGAUCAGGACGAAGAUCGUUGACCCGUACAACAAGAUCGUGGCCAGGAUCACCCAGUUAGCCAGACUGCAGGUGGCCUGCGACCUGCUGCGGAGGAUCAUUCGCAUCCUGUACCUGAGUAAGAGGCUGCAGGGUCAGCUGCAGGGGGGCAGCAGGGAGAUCACUAAGGCUGCUCAGAGCCUCAACGAACUGGACUACCUGUCUCAGGGCGUGGAUCUGAGCGGCAUCCAGGUGAUCGAGAACGACCUGCUGCUGAUCAGCCGAGCCCGGCUGGAGGUGGAGAACCAGGCCAAGAGGCUGUUGGAGCAGGGCAUGGAGAUCCAGAACCCAACCCAGGUUGGCACAGCCCUGCAGGUCUUCUAUAAUCUGGGGAGUCUAAGGGAGACCAUUGGCUCUGUGGUGGGGGCCUACCGGACCACAAUAAAAGACAACAUCACCAGCGCUCUGGACAUCAAGGGGCUCACGCAGCCAGCUAACCCCAGAGGAGCUCCAGGCAGAGCAGUGCUGCCAACCCCUGGGAAUACCGCAGCCUUCCGUGCUGCUCUGUGGACCAACAUGGAGAAACUGAUGGACCAGAUCUGUGCUGCAUGCAGACAGGUGCAGCACCUGCAGAAGGUCCUGAUGAAGAAGAGAGACCCUGUGAGUCAUGUGUGCUUCAUCGACGAGAUCAUCAAGGACGGUCAGCCUGACAUCCUGUACACCUUCUGGACCGACGUGACCAGCACUCUCAGUGAGGAGUUUCACAGAGCAACUGAAGCCUCAUCCUUCCUGAAGCAGGCUUUUGAAGGGGAAUAUCCGAAGCUGCUGCGCCUGUACAACGAGCUGUGGCGCCGCCUGCAGCAGUACAGCAGCAGUCUGCAGGGGCUGGUGACGAUGGGCGGGGGGGUGGAGGCAGCUCUGGACAUCGCUGCAGCCGACUCGGACAGCCAGGACCUCUUCACACACAGCAAAAAGGACUACAACCCAGAGAAGGCUCUGAAAGACUCUCUGCAGCCAUAUGAAGCAGCCUACCUCUCCAAGUCCCUGUCCCGCCUGUUCGAUCCCAUCAACCUGGUGUUUCCCAUGGGGGGGCGAAACCCCCCCUCCAAUGAUGAGCUGGACAGCAUCAUCAAGACCAUCAGCAGUGAGCUGAACGUAGCAUCGGUGGAUCAGAACCUCUCUCUUUCUGUGGCCAAGAACGCAGCCAAAACCGUCCAACUCUUCUGUGUGAAGUCUGAACAGCUGCUGUGCACACAAGGCGAUGCCAGUCAGGUGAUCGGUCCAUUAACAGACGGUCAGAGGAGGAACGUCGCGGUGGUCAACUCCCUGUACCGCCUCCAGCAGGCUGUUGCCAAGAUCAUUUCAGGUUUGGGGUCGAGUCCGCCGGCUGCUGUAGAGGCGCUGUCUUCUUCUUUGGAGGGUCUGCAGGUGCUGAUGGGCAGCGCCAUUCAGCCGCUGCUGCAGUCGGUGAGCGACUCCAUCGAGGCCAUCAUCAUCACUCUUCAUCAGGAGGACUUCUCAGGGUCAGGGCCGCUGUCCAGCUCCGAUAAACCCGACGUCCCGUGUUCUCUGUACAUGAAGGAGCUGCAGGGCUUCAUCUCCAGAGUCAUGGCCGACUAUUUCAGACAUUUCCAGUGUGUGGACUUCAUCUACGAGAACACCGAGUCCAUCGCUCAGAGAGCCAUCCAGCUCUUCCUCCGCCAUGCCAGCCUGCUCCGGCCGCUGGGCGAUGGCGGCAAGAUGAGGCUGGCUGCCGACUUCGCUCAGAUGGAGAUGGCGGUGGCUCCUCUCUGCCGGAGGGUGUCGGAUCUGGGAAAACCGUACCGGAUGCUGCGCUCCUUCAGGCCUCUGCUGUUUCAGACCAGCGAGUUGAUCGCCAGCAGUCCAGCUGUGGGUGAGCUGAUCCCCUACAGCACUCUGAUCCACUUCCUGUUCAGCAGAGCCCCCCCUGAGCUCAAGUCUCCUCACCAGAGAGCAGAGUGGUCCAUCGCCCGUUACUCCCAGUGGUUGGAUGAUCAUCCGUCUGAGAGAGACCGACUCAGCCUCUUCAGGGGAGCUCUGGAGGCCUACGUCCAGUCGGUCCGGGCCCGGCAGGGAAAGGAGUUCGCUCCGGUUUAUCCCAUCAUGCUCCAGCUGUUACAGAGAGCCAGCAGUGGUGGACAGGAGGCCAAAGCCUGAAGAGGACUGGACCCACAUCUGGACCAGGGUCCACUUCUGUCCACACUACAUGAAGACUCGUCUGGAUCGGUUCAUAAUAAAUAAUUGAUUUUAAUAAAGGCAACAAAAAAAACAGGAA